UAAUGCGUCUCGUAAAGACUAACAUUUUUGUCUUAUGGGAUUUUUUAGGGGGCGACAUGUACUUUUAAACUCUUUCAGUUCGAGAAGACUGUUUACAGAUAACUUCAAUACCGAAAUUCUCAUAUUUCUAAGACAAAAAUGACAGAGAAAAACGAUUACCUUCACACGCACAACAGAUCCCUCAAACGUCCUGCUUUCAAUUGUCUUUAAAGUUACACGUACAUAAAAUUUUGAUAAAAGCCAGUUAAUAGUUAAUGCGGAGUGGUUACUGUCUGUCACAGAGGGUUUAUUUAUACAUUUAUUGUAAGAUUAUUUUUUUCCUGUCAUUGGCAAUAUCAUUUACGACAGUUUGGAACGCAACACAUCCUCCGCUCAGCUAGUGGGCUGCAAAAAAAAGCAGCGAUCCCAGAGAAAAGACUGUCUUGCUAAACUCUUCAACCAGGCUUUGUCUCUUGGCCGCAGAAAAAUGCUGCAUUCGCAGAGGUCCCUGUCCGAGCUGCCGAAGAUGUCCGCGGCCAGUCAGGUGGAAAGAGCCGUGCUGGAGGAGGAGUUUAACUGGCUGCUGAAAGAAGAAGUACAUGCUGUCCUGAAGCAGCUUCAGGAGAUCCUCAAGGAGGCGUCCAGACGUUUCUCCAUGCCCACUCCGGGCCUGGAGAGUCAGCUCAAGCAGGAGAACUUCAUCCUGGGCAGCUCAACCAUGGAUCAGGUGAAGGGGGUGCUGACUCUGCAGGGAGAGGCUCUGACUCAGGCCGACAUUAACCUGAAGGUUGCCAAGAGCAGCCAGGUCCUGCACUUUCAGUUCAGAGACGACAAGCAGUGGAAGCUGCAGCAGAUCCAGGACGCCAGGAACCACGUGAACCAGGCUCUGCUGCUGCUGAGCAGCCGCGACGACACCUACCAGUUCAAGACGGGCGCCGAGGUCAACAAGCUCAUGGACGCCGUGAUGCUGCAGCUGACGCGAGCACGAAACCGCCUCACCACCCCGGCGUCAUUGACUCUUCCAGAACUGGCCACCAGCGGUCUGAUGAAAAUGUUCACUCCCCCUAUGCCUGGCGACGUGAUGGUGAACUUUUACAUCAAUUUAAGCAAGCUGUGUCUGACCGUCUACCAGCUACACGUGCUGCCUCCCAACACCACCAAGAACUUCAAGCCAACUGGAAGCUCUGUGUUGCACAAUCCAGGGGCCAUGUUCGAGCUCAACAACAACCGCUUCGAGGUGAGCCACGUUCACAAGGUGGAGUGUGUGGUGCCGUGGCUCAGCGACACGCUGGUGUUCUUCACCAUCUCCCUGCAGCUCUGUCAGCAACUCAAGGACAAGAUCUCCGUCUUCUCCAGCUUCUGGAACUACAGGCCGUUCUGAUCCAGCCCGUCCUCCAUAAAACCAAACUAACCAAUCAAGUGUAAGGGAAACGCUGGAAAGCUUUUAUUUUUCUAUGUAUUUAUCAUGCAGUCUGUCAAAGUGUUGCACCACGAGCUGAAAGCAGCCACACGCCACCAGAUAUCAAUAUUAUCGAUCAGAAUUGAGUUAGGCCAGCUGACCUUUAUUUCUCUUGUAAGUGUGUGGGUGUGUAUGGCGCCUCAUGAUACAAACUUGAAUGAAUGAAUGUGCUUAUUAUUUAAAUUCUUUCUUCAUGUGGAUCUCUUAACGUUUGCACUCAGGAUGGAAGGACUGAGCAUCAAAGUGUUUCCAGGUUUGUCCUGAAAGCCCCAAAUUUCCUCUGAUCUCUGUAACGUUUUUGCUAGUUUCUGCUUUCCUCCCUCCAACACCUCAGUUGUUCUCGGAGAUUUUACUCGGCUCACUGUUCCUCAGAGGCUCCUUCUAAAGUCUACAAGUUACAGAAACACUGAAAUCUGGUGACCCUUAGCCUGUUGUUAUUAUUAUUAUUAUUAUUAUUAGCUAGCUAAUAAUAAUGGCCAGUGACGACCCAGUUGAGAUGUUUUCCAGUCAGUGAACACGGUCCAUUUAAAGGGAUAGAUAAUAUUUUUUCCGUGUCAGUCAUAUCAGCGUUGUUGGAGCGAGGGUGUCCAAACUUUAUAGAAAAAAAAAAAACAACACACACUUAAAUCAAGGUAAUAAAUUUGUCUGAUUUUAUUAUGUAUUUAUUUUGAUAGGAAAGAGAUGUUAUUUAUUGUAGAUCCAAAACUUAAAAGGGAGUUUUGACGUUUGCCGUGUUAAAAGAAAAAGCAUUUAGUGUUUAAAUUUGUUCAGGUUCAAUUGAACAGAUUUAUUCUCUGGAUUUGAGUCCCUUUCUCUUGAAACACUGGCCAUAUGUAGCCAAGAUUAAUAAAUUAGAUAAAAAAUAAAAAAACAAAGUCAGUGCUCGUCACUGGGGAUGUGUGGUUCUUCUGAUAAAAAAAAACAACCAAAAAACAGUUGUUGCACAACACUCUAUUGUACUGAAUAUUUUUCAUUGUAAGAAAAAUAUUAUUUUUCACUGAUGAUAAAUUAAUGUUUUCCUGUGUUGGACGGGUGCUGGACGGGUCAGUUGGUGGCCGCACAAAAUCAGUCCAGUGCCGUUGGAAAUUGGGGGGAAGGGUAAGAGGAGUACAUUCCUGACAAAAAAUUCAAAAAUUUUUACAUUAAUUUCCAAAAUUUUCAAACUCAGAAAUUUCAGCGUUCUUGAAAGCAAAUAUUUAACUUUUCAACCUCAGAAAUGUACUUGGGUUUUCUAGUAAGUUUCUGAGAUUUUGGUGAAAUGUUUUAGUUAUUUUUUUGCCAUAAAUCUACCACUCAAUUUUUCUUUUUUGUCUAAAUAUGUUGGUCCCUGGACGCCGUGAUAGAAUUCUGGCUUUAUCCAGUAUGGCUGCCCCUCAUAGAGAAUGUAGAGGUCUAUUUCUUUGCACCGUGAUGUUUGCAUUGCAGUAAACCAAUGACAUCACAUCUGCUCCCAAAACUAACAGCAAACGAUUAAUAGCAGCAAGAGCUGUUGAUUAUAGAUCUGGAGAUACUGGCUAAAUUAUCAGCAGGUCUGAAUUUUACAAAAAUUAUAAAAUGGGAAUCGACCAAUAAUCUUUGAUUGGUGCAUCUCUAUUUCAAGACUCUUUGAUGCUUUAAAAGUCUUUUAUUUUUAUUUUUUUCAUAUUUUGCUGCUUUAUUAUAUCAGAUGUAAGCUACAAAGAUCGUCCCAUAGGGAACCCAGCUGGUACUCUGGUCCAUGCUGAAACCGUUCACAUCCACUAACACUGCUCUUCUACAGGUUGUGAAGUUUCUAUCUCCACAGUGUCUGCUGACCAGACAGCAUCAGCAGCAUCAUCAGCAGCAGGAGGAAAACAGUUUAUCUUCCAGCUUUGCACACGUUCCCUGGAUUUAACCCAGCUCUAAGCUAUUUGUGUCGUUUGUUUCUGUCCGCUCGGCUCUGUGUUUGUAUUUAUUAUGUUUCCCAUGUGAUUAAUCUGCGGAACACUAAUCUAAUCAUGAACAAAUGAUUUCAUCACUCUAAGUGUUAAUCUGUUUCGAGAAGCUGCCUGUAAAAUGAAAUGUGGAAAAGAUUCCUCUGUGCAAUAAAACUCUAAAAGAACCUUG